AUGAUUAAGGCUGGACAUGUUGAGAAAACGGUAGAUCGUGAAUUUGAUAUAGAAGAACGACGUUUUCAUACAAUGGAGCAGGCGGUUUUACGGCUUCAACGUGAAGCAAAGAAUUAUUUAGAUUCGUUAAGAUCUAUGUCAGCAUCUCAGUUGAGAAUUGUGGAGGCUAUGGAUGAAUUUUAUACGGAUACAUAUCAUAAGGAUCGUGCUAGUAAACAUUAUAGACAAGCAGCUGAGGAUUUUGAUUCAAGAACUAUGAAAGAAUUAGAUGAAAUAUAUCGGUUGACUGUAUUAGAUCCUAUAUCUAAGUUUUGUACGUAUUUUCCAGAAAUCAAUGCAGCGAUUACCAAGAGAAAUCAUAAAUUAGUUGAUUAUGAUGCAGUUCGUGCAAAGGUUAAACGACUGACUGAUAAGCCAUCGGAUGAUAUUAGGAAGUUGCCUAUAGCUGAGAAAGAAGCGGCGCAAGCAAAAGAAUUAUAUGUGUCAUUAAAUUCACAACUUUUAAAAGAAUUACCUGAGUUUAUUGAUCUGCGUGUGCCAUAUUUGGAUGCAUCAUUUGAAGCAUUGGUAAAAAUACAAUUUCAAUUUUGUUAUGAUGGAUACGAUCGUAUGUCAAAAGUACAACAGUAUUUUGCCUCGAAUGUUCGAAAUCAAUAUAGUACUGGUAAUUUAGAUCAAAAAAUUGAUGAUGUACUUCAAAAAGUUAAAAAUUUGUCUAUUGCAGGAUUAGGUUCUGUAUAGACAUGGUUUUAUCUGAAAUGUUAUUUUAUUUAAAUAAUUAGUUUUGCUUUAGGU